GGCAGGCAAGCAGGUGCCGCGGGCACUAGCAAGGAAGGGGGAGAAAGGAAAAGGCAGGCGAGGGAGGAGGAGCAGAGCAGCCACCCGCUACAGCAGCGGCGGCAUCACUAGCCGCCUGGGUGAUUUGGGCAAACAUGGUCGCCGCUCACGCUUCCCAUUCUUCCUCCACCGAGUGGAUCGCUUGCCUGGAUAAAAGGCCUUUGGAGCGUUCCAGUGAAGAUAUAGAUAUUAUAUUCACCCGGCUGAAAGAAGUGAAAGCUUUUGAAAAAUUUCAUCCAAAUCUUCUCCAGCAAAUAUGUCUCUGUGGUUAUUAUGAAAACCUGGAAAAGGGAAUUACACUAUUUCGUCAAGGUGACAUUGGAACAAAUUGGUAUGCUGUGCUGACUGGAUCUUUGGAUGUUAAAGUUUCUGAUACCAGCAACCAUCAGGAUGCAGUGACAAUAUGCACCUUGGGAAUAGGAACAGCUUUUGGAGAGUCAAUUUUGGACAACACCCCUCGUCAUGCAACAAUUGUUACAAGGGAAAACAGUGAACUGCUACGAAUCGAGCAGAAAGACUUCAAGGCACUUUGGGAGAAAUAUCGACAGUAUAUGUCAGGACUUCUGGCUCCUCCUUAUGGUGUUAUGGAAACUUCCUCCAACAAUGACAGGAUGCCUGACAAGGAGAAUAUGUCUAGUAGUAGUCUCUGCUCAAUCUCUAAAAAUUGCAAUAAGACUCCUUUCAUUGAUCCUCACAUCCCACUUUGUCCAGCUAAAACCACUGCAGAGGUUCCAUCAGAAAGAAUCCUUCAAGCUGGAAAGAUACUACGGAAUGCAAUCCUCUCCCGAGCCCCUCAUAUGAUAAGAGAUCGUAAAUAUCAUCUGAAGACAUAUAGACAAUGCUGUGUAGGAACAGAACUAGUGGAUUGGAUAAUGCAGCAGAGUUCAUGCGUACAUUUACGGACGCAGGCUGUGGGCAUGUGGCAAGUAUUGUUGGAGGAAGGUGUUCUCAAUCAUGUGGAUCAAGAACAAAACUUCCAGGACAAAUACUUGUUUUAUCGAUUUCUGGAUGAUGAGGAUGAAGAUGCUCCAGUGCCAACUGAGGAAGAGAAGAAAGAAAGUGACGAGGAGCUGCAAGACACCAUGCUUCUACUCUCUCAGAUUGGACCAGAUGCCCAUAUGAGGAUGAUCCUUAGAAAGCAGCCUGGCCAGAGAACUGCUGAUGACCUAGAAAUUAUAUAUGAAGAACUUCUACACAUUAAGGCUUUAUCUCAUCUUUCAACAACAGUAAAGCGGGAGCUAGCAGGUGUUCUAGUGUUUGAAUCGCAUCCCAAAGCAGGAACUGUCUUAUUCAAUCAAGGAGAAGAAGGAACUUCUUGGUACAUUAUUUUAAAAGGAUCAGUAAAUGUGGUCAUUUAUGGCAAGGGCGUGGUAUGUACCCUGCAUGAAGGCGAUGAUUUUGGCAAGUUAGCAUUAGUGAACGAUGCUCCAAGGGCAGCUUCCAUUGUUCUGCGUGAAGAUAACUGCCACUUCUUGAGAGUUGACAAGGAAGACUUUAACAGGAUACUCCGGGAUGUUGAAGCAAACACAGUAAGACUUAAGGAACAUGACCAAGAUGUCUUGGUACUAGAGAAGAUACCUGCAGGAAACAGGGCUUCUAUUCAAGGAAACUCACAGCCUCCUCAGCACAAAUAUAUUGUGAUGUCAGGAACUCCAGAGAAAAUUUUAGAACACUUCCUAGAGACGAUGCGUCUUGAAUCAACGCUAAGUGAAGGAACAGAUGCUGGUGUACAUGAUUUUGUUAUGAUGCACUGCUUAUUCAUGCCAAACAAUCAGCUUUGUCCAGCUUUGAUGGCUCAUUACCAUGCUCAGCCUUCCCAGGGUACAGAGCAGGAGAAAAUGGACUAUGCCCUAAACAACAAAAGGCGAGUCAUUCGUUUAGUGCUGCAGUGGGCUGCUUUGUAUGGAGAUCUCCUGCAAGAGGAUGAAGCAGCAAUGGCCUUUCUGGAGGAGUUUUAUGUAUCUGUAUCAGAUGAUACAAGGAUGAUUACAGCACUCAAAGACCAACUCCCAGAGCUAGAAAAGGCUAUGAAACAAAUAUCAGAAGAAGCUAAAGCACCACAGAAAAAGCACAAAGUUCUUUUGCAGCACUUUAACACAAGUGAUGAAAGAACGCAAAAACGCCAGCCCAUAAGAGGAAGCGAUGAAAUUUUGUUCAAGGUGUACUGUGUAGAUCACACCUAUACCACGAUCCGCAUUCCAGUGUUGUCUUCUGUUAAAGAAGUCAUCAGUGCCGUAGCUGACAAACUGGGCUCUGGAGAUGGCUUGAUAUUAGUAAAGAUGAGCUCAGGAGGAGAAAAAGUGGUGCUCAAACCAAAUGAUUUUUCAGUGUUUACAACGCUCAGUAUUAAUGGACGUCUCUUUGCUUGCCCUCGAGACCAGUUUGACUCACUGAUGCCACUACAGGAACAAGAAGGCCCAUCUACUGGAACUGUGGGAACAUUUGAACUCAUGAGCUCCAAAGACCUAGCGUACCAAAUGACAAUUUAUGAAUGGGAGCUUUUCAACUGUGUGCAUGAGUUGGAACUGGUCUACCACACAUUUGGAAGGCACAAUUUUAAAAAGACCACAGCAAAUUUGGAUCUGUUUUUACGAAGAUUUAAUGAAAUCCAAUUCUGGGUAGUCACGGAGAUUUGUCUUUGUUCCCAACUCAGCAAACGUGUCCAGCUCUUAAAGAAGUUCAUUAAGAUAGCAGCCCACUGUAAGGAAUAUAAAAACUUGAACUCCUUUUUUGCUUUAAUCAUGGGACUAAGCAACGUUGCAGUAAGCCGCCUCACAAUGACAUGGGAGAAACUUCCAAGCAAGUUCAAGAAGAUCUAUGCAGAGUUUGAAAGCUUAAUGGACCCCUCAAGAAACCACAGGGCCUACAGACUCACGGUAGCUAAACUGGAAUCUCCUGUUAUUCCAUUUAUGCCUUUACUCAUAAAAGACAUGACAUUUACUCAUGAAGGGAACAAGACAUUCAUUGAUAAUCUAGUGAACUUUGAAAAAAUGCGUAUGAUUUCAAAAACUGUUAGGACAGUGAAAUUCUGUUGGAGCCAGCCUUUCAAUCCUGAUGCAUCUCUGGCGAAUAAGAACCAUCAGGAUGUCCGGAGUUAUAUUCGGCAAUUAAGUGUGAUUGACAACCAGAGGACUUUAUCACAAAUGUCACACCGACUAGAACCACGACGUACUUAAAUGUUUCAAGUGAUUAUACCCCCUCUUUUUUCUCUAGUACAAGAUCAUUUUUUAAGAAUGCCACCUCUUCCUGCUACCACACUGCCACUACAAAUAUAAGCAACAACAGACUCUAACAUCUUAGGUAAUUAACGCACAAUGUACCUGCCAUCUCUGAGAAAUGGCAGAGGACGUUGGCUGUUGAAGAGAUCAUGUGCUGUAGCUGGGAGGUUACUGAUGUUGUAUACCUUUAGUUAAUUUUGAAACAUACUAAAAGUCUUGUACAUAAAAUAAUUUUUUAUUUUAAAAAAGAGGGAAAUUAUGGAGAGGAGACUCCAAAAGCAAAUAGUGAAUAACGAACCUAUAACUUCUGCCAUCUCCAAGGUAUGUAUAUGUGGGUUCUCUUAUCUAAUAACAACAACAAAAUUACAGUAUUUUUGAAUCCAUUAUCAAACUAAAGGACAACUUUUGCCAUUGGUUUUGCAUGUUUGACUCACAUGAGCUUCAGUAGCAAAAAUAACUAAUGGCAGAAAAUAGGUAUGGUAAUAAAUUACCAUGGCUUUAGCAUUCAGAGAAUAGUUAAAAGUCUUUCCCUGUAAGAGAUUAUAUUUUUUAAAAGUCAGCUCUUAACCACAUUUGCCUUACAACAGUAGCGCAUUGUGGCCAUUAAGUUAACCCCAGGACUGACUGGGUCUCCUAAUACUUAGGUAUAUACUUGUUUACAUUUCACUUCUUAUGGGAUUUUUCUUUAAAUUGCCAAUCAGGAUUUUACAAGAUGCCAGGUGAACCAAAAGUAAUGAGAUUUUGGGAGAUUAAAAUAUAGCACUAAAAGCAGCAAAAAACAAACUUCUUCAUAAAGAGCACAAUAUGCACAAAUUUCAAGGUAAUAUUUUCCUGGACACCAAAACCUUCAACAUCAGCUACACUUUUUGGCUGAUUAGGUCGUAUUUUCUGGAUUUUAAAUUUUACAAAAUAUCUACUAAUUUUCAGGAAUCAUUUUGCACUUUUAAGUUGGCAGUAUACAGAUAUGUUAAUUCAUUGUGAGAAUUAUUUAUUUCUUUAUGUGUUAGUUGUUGUGCCAUAAUAAUUAUUUUAAUCUGUUUUAUUUAGCAUGUAAUGGAAGUACAGUUUGGUGUUUGUACUUGGUCUACAUUUCAUGGCUACG